AUGAGACCCAGCAAGCGUUACAACUUACAAGCAAUACAAACAACCCUUGCUAGGCUAACAAUAAGAAAUAACCUGCAGCAUGAAGGCGAAAAUUACAGGGAAAGGAUUGUUCCUGCUCGUGAACGCCAUCCAAUUCCACGUAGGCAGUUAGCCUACGAGGAUGAAUUGAGUGAUGAUGAGGAAUAUGUCGAACACAUGUUUCGACACAAUCACCAGGGACAGCGCAAUAUGGGAGGGCGAGAACCACAAACAUUCCGUAUGAAAAUGGAUUUACCUAGUUUCAAUGGUCAGUUGCAAAUAAAGGGGUUUCUUGAUUGGCUGGCAGUAGUUGAAAGGUUAUUCGACUACAUGGAGAUCCCUGAAGAUAAAAAGGUAAAAUUGGUUGCUUACAGAUUAAUGGGAGGAGCCUCUGCAUGGUGGGAGCAACUGCAACUCACGCGAAUGCGACAGAGAAAAGGGAUGGUACAAACAUGGGCAAAGAUGAGACGACUUCUACGAGCCAAAUAUUUACCACUAGAUUAUGAACAGAUCCUGUUUCAACAAUAUCAGGAUUGUAGACAAGGAAACAGAACAGUGCAAACAUAUGUUGAAGAAUUCCACAGAUUAUCCUCACGUAAUAAUCUGUCAGAAACUGAUGCGCAACAAGUCAGCAGGUUUGUUGGUGGUCUAUGUUUGACUGUACAGGAUCGGGUCUCCAUGCAAACCAUGUAUUCUUUAACUGAAGCCAUCAACCUUGCUACAAAAGCAGAAACACAACUGGAAAGGGCAAAGUCGAUAGCUGGAACGAGAAGCUCUUUUGAUGUUAAUCGGGCUGCAAUAGACAAAGGAAAGUUUCCAGCCUUUCAACCACCGCCCAUCAAUACUUCCAAAGGACCAAAUAAUAACGGGGCACCCUCAAAGACUGGAGGAGCGAUAGAAGCACCUAGAAAUCCUUAUGCUCGUCCAUCGACAGAUAAAUGCUAUCGAUGUGGGCAGCCAGGACAUCGCUCCAAUCAAUGCAGACCGUGGCAGUUUGAAGUGGAUGCUAUAUACAAGGGGCGUGAUAAUGUGUAUAUCUUCAUGAGUAAAGGGCAGAAAGUCAUGUUGGGUCCAAUAAAGGAAGAAUUUUCUGUAGUCGAACCGAAAACUAAAGGGAAGUCAGUGCUUCUGGUCGAUGGGGAAAAAUUUAUGGACGAAGCCAAGAAGACAAGAGACCUUUUUGCAUUAGUAAUUGGGGGAGGAAUCGGUACCGAACUUCACAACAUUCCUCAGGAGCUAAAACCCUUACUAGCAGAGUUUCAGGAAAUCAUACCAUCAGAGCUACCAGAUGGGAUACCCCCCAUGCGCGAUAUUCAGCACCAAAUUGAUUUAACUCCAGGGGCUAGUCUGCCAAAUCGACCCCAUUAUCGAAUGAGUCCGAAAAAGAGUCAGAUCCUACAAGAGCAGGUAGAAGAGCUGAUCAGAAAGGGACUGGUUCAAGAGAGUAUGAGUCCUUGCGCGGUGCCAGCCUUGCUAGUACCAAAGAAAGACGACAGUUGGCGCAUGUGCAUAGACAGCCGAGCCAUUAACAAAAUCACAAUUAAGUAUCGGUUUUCAAUUCCUCGCCUGGAGGAUAUGUUAGACAUGCUAUUAGGGUCGAAAUUUUUUUCAAAAAUUGAUUUACGGAGUGGGUAUCAUCGGAUUCGAAUUAGACCCGGGGAUGAAUGGAAAACUGCUUUUAAGACGAGAGAGGGCUUAUAUGAAUGGCUAGUAAUGCCCUUUGGACUGUCCAACGCCCCGAGUACCUUCAUGUGCCUAAUGAAUCAGGUACUUAAACCCUUUACUGGCCAUUUUGUUGUAGUGUACUUCGACGAUAUAUUAAUUUAUAGCCAAAGCAAGUCUGACCACUUUGAGCACUUGAGGGAAGUACUAGCAGUAUUACAACAGAACAAGUUGUAUGUUAAUUUGACAAAGUGCGAAUUCAUGACCAGUAGUUUGCUAUGUUUGGGAUUUGUUGUGAGUGUUGAGGGGAUUAAAGUCGACGAAGGCAAAAUAAAAGCCAUCCGGGAAUGGCCUACCUCAAAGAAUGUCAGCGAGGUGCGUAGCUUCCAUGGCCUAGCAACAUUCUAUCGACGGUUUGUCAGAAAUUUUAGUCGAAUCAUCGCACCGAUCACUGAAUGCAUAAAGAAAGGGCAAUUCCAUUGGGGACCUGAAGCAGAACAAAGCUUCAUACUAAUUAAAGAAAAGCUGUCUUCUGCUCCAGAAGGUAGGCUUGUUGCUUUCUACAACGAGAAACUAAGUGAAUCUCGCAAGAAAUGGUCCACCUACGAACUUGAACUUUAUGUUGUGUUUCGUGCUUUAAAGGUUUAG